AUGGAAGACGGUUUGUUCUCAGAUGAGUGCUGCGAUGAGCAGUCUAACCAAGUGUCGGCAGUGGAUUCUCCAAAUACUUCGAAAAACGCCGAUAAGCCUACCGUGAAUAACGUUGAAAAUGGAGAAUCCACUGCUAUAGAAUGUGGAAAUGUGGUUGUAGAAGUAGAUGGAAAGAAAUUCUACCGUUCAAUAAAAAAAGGGGUCGACCUUAUCCAGGUUGGAGAUUCCGUUGAUGUCGUUGUUCGAUUUCUAGGGCAAGAAAAACGUGUUACACGAUUAGCAAAGAUUGCAGCCAUCUUCCAGGAUAACACAGGCGAACUUAACGCUGAAGUAUCGUACUACUAUGACUCUGACGAUAAGAUACCUGGAUUUCAUAAACGGCAGUUGGCCAAGGAACCGAAAUCAGAUGAACAAAAUAGUUCGGAAUGGGCAGGGUUCACGCAUAAAAAUGAAGUCGUCGCAUCAAAUGAGUUCGAGUGCAUCACGGCGGAUGCCAUAGAUGACCUGAUAACGGUACAUGGGAGUCUAAGGGAUUACGAAGCGGCGGUAGCCGGAGCUGAGGACGAAUAUGGCCAUGUAUUUUGUAACACCAUGUUCUACGUGGAGAGCUAUGCAUUGAAGCCUUUUAACGUGGAACUGCAAUGGAAAAAGGUUAUGCUGGAGCGAAGCCAGUACCAUCGAAUUUAUCAUAUGGGAUUCACAGAAGAUGACAACGGUGACACACAGCAUACAGGUAACCUUGGACGUGGGCAUGUCAUUAUAGGGAGGGAAACGGAAGCGAAUCGAAUACGUACUUUUAUAGAGACUGGAAUACGUCAAGGAGGUACAGGACAAUUACUAUAUGUCAGCGGGGUACCGGGCACAGGGAAGUCUGCGACCAUUAAUAUGAUAGUACGCGAGUUAUCUGAAAAGAAGUUAUCUGCAAAGUUACCUUGGUUUCAUCUCAUCGAAAUAAAUGGAGUGAACCUCAUGGACCCAAAUGAUUUCUACCGUUGCCUAUAUACAAAGCUAUUUAAUAAACCUUCACCGUACCAUGUCACAGCAUACAAACAGUUAGAUGCAUAUUUCUGGAACAACAAAACGCCAUGCGUGCUUAUCGUCGAUGAAGCCGAUUACAUAGUGACACGACGCCAAAAAGUACUAUUCACAAUUUUCGAUUGGCCUUCACGCAAGUCAUCCAAAUUGGUCGUGGUUAUAGUCUCUAAUACCAUGGAUUUACCGAGCCGAAUGAAGGCAUCAUGUGUAAGCCGCCUGGCAUUUGGGACGUUGGUAUUCCAGCCAUACCGUUACCAGCAGAUCCUGGACGUCUUGUCUGCCAAUGAGGAGAUAGCGUCGCGUAUAGACGAUGUUGCACUUCAGUUGUGCGCCAGAAGAGUAACAAAUUACAGUGGAGAUAUGCGCAAGGCACUACAAAUUUGCAAGUUGGCGGUAGCACUGGCAGAUGGUGAAAAUGUGACCACCGCUGAAAUGAACCGAGUAUCAAACAUGGUACUGAGUUCCGAAGUUAUUGAGUCUCUCAGGUACUCGUCACGUGCUAUGUCAUGUUUCCUUGUAGCUAUGGUCCUGGAACUAAGGGAAACACAGCUUUCUGUAGCAUGCGCACGUACGGUCUACGAUGGAUUCCGUGGCAUGAUGGCUGUGAUGAACCCAGAGAUGACAGAAACCGUUUCUAUCGAAUCGUAUCGCAAGUUGCUAGUAUCCGCAUCGAUAUCGGGAAUAAUAUCACUGGAGCCCACUGUUUUCACGUCACUGUCAGCGAGUCGCAAGGUCAAAGUGAACAGCUACAUCAACGAGGAACUAGGUGAUACUGGAAUUGUACCGGAAGUAGACGUUGGACAAAUCAUUACGGCACUAUCAAGGGACCCUUACUGGGAGCAGAAGCUACGUGACAUGCGAUAG